GAGAGAGAGAGGGAGUGGGGAAAAGCAGCAGCGAGCGUGAAAGAGCUCGCUCUGUACCGCAAUCCACUACACUGGCACUAGCGCGACAACCUCCGCCCCUGCAGCUGCUGCUGGACUCGGGGAGCUGGCAAGAUAUGAAUCCUCCCGUGGCUCAGAUCGUCUCUAUCUUCGUCUGCGAGCCGUGAGCCGAGCGAGCCUCUGAGAGAGAGAGAGAGAGAGAGAGAGCUGCUGCUGCUGCUGCCUGCCGUCGCGCCUGUUUCGCAUCACCUUCUUCCUUCCUUGCUGCACUGCCUGCACUGCCCGCACCGCACCCCCGCGCAUUUGAUACUACUUAUUGCGCAGCAAGUGCGCGCCAACUUCCGUCGAUCACAUCUUUUGCCACCGCAAGCUUCCUUCCUUCCGUCUGUCUCUAAAGUUUCCUCUCUCUCCAAGAUCCUGCGAGAGACACAGAGAGUGAGGGCGAUAGCGAGAAAGCGCGCGCCUAUGCCUUGCCUGCCUGCCUGCCUGGCUCUGUCUGUUGUCCGUCUUGGGAGCAGUUGCUUGCUUGGGAGUCGGGGCUUCGUUAGUGUGAGCUGCUGCGCCGACACACGCACUUCUCGCGAACAUUAGCCCGCAGAGAUCAUCUCGGGGAAGCCAGUGUCGAAGCUCGGGCUCUCGUUCGUCCGCGCUCCGAUACCUGAGGAAGUGGCGCUCGUGCUCUCCUGGACAGUGUGCUUCAUGUGCGAGCCGAGGGUUUACUAGUUCGUGGAUCGGAUUGACUCGCAGCUUGAUGCGAGCUUCGUAGCUUCUCUUGGAAGAGUCCUGUGCCCGUCGGGUCGAAGCUCUUGCGCUCUGGCUCUUCCGCAGAGAGUCUCGCUAUAUUCGCAGGAAUGUGCCUCGUAAAACUGUCGCACUUGCUCUCCAGAGUGCACUCACAACAACAUCUCUGAUUCACGAUCUCUCGUGCGAUUUGCGGACUCUUUCAUCCCUGCACUGCUUACGUUGUACACGAGGGAAGGCGUUUUUGUUCUGGCUUCGAUAUCCUGACUUCCGUGCGGUGCUCCAUGGCUUACGAGGUGGCCCGGGUUCAUGGGCUGAUCCGGUCCCAUAUUCAGGACGGUGAGAAAGAAGGGCCUGCUGAAGCGUGGCCUCUCCCUUCCUCCGCUCCUCGAUUUAAACACCAGAUGCCAAGACUCUCUCCCGAUACUCCCUUCCUUCACGACUUCCCCUUGGAGCUGAACCAGUGGUCGGAAUCGUCACACAGUUCUUCUCUAGGUUCGUCGACUGAGACAGAAACAGAAAGCGAUGAGGAGGAUGAUUUUAUAGCGGGUUUAGCAGAGCAGAUAGCUCAUUCAAUGUUGGACGAAGAGGAAGUAGUAACUGCGACAGAUGUUACGAAGCCCGUGUCGGGAGCAAUGUCCAGUGGAAUACCCGUCUUCCCUAGCGGGGUGAAUGCGACCUCACAGAAGGCCGGAGUUUCUCCGCAGUCGAGCUGGUCCACCAAUAGCUGGUCUGCCAGCUGGUCUGAGUCGGUUUCAAGUUCCAAGCAGUCCUCGGAGGUGUCGUCUCCCCCUUCCACGCCCUCAACCUCGAAAACUGAUGCGUGGGAAUUGCUGAACGAGGCAGCCGGUGAAGUAGGAAGACUGAAGAUCAGCGAGGACAGAAAACCCAACCCGUACCCUGUGAAGCAAAUGAAGCAGACAGCGGGAUCUGUCACCAGCACCCAGAGGCAAUUCGUCCCGCCUCUCCAACCACCGGCUUACAAUUGCUGGAAACAAUCCAACCAGACCGUCCAGCCCUUGCUGAGUUCCCCAGUCUGCAAUGUGGGGUCGCCUCUGGCGACGCCAGUGGUUUCCAAGGAUCGUAUGCCUUCUGGUACACCGGCCAACGUGAACAGAAGUUGGAACCGGCCGAGAGAUGAAGAUCGCAAGGCGGCGAACACCACGCAGGCGCAGCACAGGCUUCCAAGAAAUGAUGGCGCCGGAUGGAACCAACGACAGAACAGGCCCAAUAAUCCCCACAAAGGGGCCCAACAGAAAGCUGGAAGGCAGAACCACAAUCUCGGGGGCCAGCCCCGCAUCGGAGGAAAGGCCAUGGAAUGGAGCAAUGGAGGGCAGCAAUGGGCCGGAGGCCAGGGUGUGAACGGUGGCUCUGGAAUGCGAGCAGUGUUCCUAGGGUCCGCGGGCUCCGGUCGCGAAUCGGGUGGAACUGGAGUGUUCCUCCCACGUUGCAUCGGUGGUGCAUCCGACCACCGGCGCAAGCCAGCUUGCUCUACUGUCCUCCUGCCCUCCAGAAUUGUUCAAGUAUUGAAUCUGAAUGUGGAGGACAUGCGGAGCCAUCCCGCGCCGCUGCCGGCCGCGGCCGUGCACAGUCGCUCAGAGUAUGCCAGAGUACAUCCUCCUCACAUGUACAUGAUGGAGUUGACGUCCGGAGCGCCCAAGCCCGAAGCUGGAGUGCUUCCGACGUAUCCAAGAAAGUUCCAGUCGUCGCAAACUCGUCAGCCGAGUGACUUGUCAGCCGAGUUUAGUCUACCGACGGAGUGGACAUACUGAUCUCCUACGGGGUGCGGACCGUGUUAUCGUUUCCAGCGUAGGAGGAUUCACAAUUUUGAGCGAACGCCGUGACUGUCGAUGCACCUAUUUUGUUCAAAACGCAGCAAUGGGUAGAUAUUGGGCAAAGUAGAGUUGUUGCACUGAACCUGGCAUGGGUGCAUUCUCCCAUGACACGAGUGGACGAAGGAAGGCCCGGCAAGGGGCCUUCGAGUGAAGGCUGUACAUUAGUCCUGCAGAAGUGUUGAAGGUACGUUUGAUUGUCAUCACGGCCCUGACCGCCAGGGAGGGAAAGGAAAGGAAGGAAGGAAGGAAGGAAGGAGAGGAGAGUAGAGGAGGAGCCCAGUCUGUAAAUUAUUUGAUUGUGGUAAGCUCGCGGCGUGGAGCGUAGUUGGCUCCACGAAGCGUCAGAGCUACUUAGAUAGUAUCCAACGAAUGUCCCUUGUCAAGGGAAUGAGGAGCGCAAUAAUUUGGACAUGUUUUGAGUAGUGUAUCCCUAGAGAAACUCUCCAGCAAGGAGAGAGCUACUUGCUACAGCGAUAUCAGGCUACUGGAAACUGCAAACUGUAAUAACGCAAAGGAUCCCAGCAGAGAUUUUGCUGCACAUCCUGCCAAUGAUCUUUGACAUAUGUAAGCACCAAUAAGUGGAGCCUGUUUGUGGCACUCUGAACAAAAGCGUCUAGGGUUUCCUGGACCAUUCGCACAU